CAUUUCUAUAAAUCCUUCCUCUCCAUCUAUUUGCACUUUCACAAACCAAUCAAACAACUCUAGCACAACUAUUAGUCUUCUGCUAUCACCAUUUUGCGAGUUUCAGGAGAAUUGUGUGAACAUGUUACGUUGCAGGGAAAUGAGCGUUCUUGAAAGGCAAAAGGCGGUGUUGGAAUGUCUUUAUAACCAUUCUAAACAGCAGCUUUCUUCUCUGCCUCAGCAAGAUCUUGCUCACUUUAACAGUUUGAUAACCAGGCAUAUGAUGAUGGGCUGCGUUGGGGAGAAUUUUACCGACUAUAAUUGUCAAGAAAUGGCUCGUCCCUCUUUGUCGACUGUCACAAAUUCAUCGAUUACAACAGUGUCUCCCCCGCCAGAGAAAGAAAAUGAUUUGAGUACCAUUAUAGCUCCCAGAGAAAAUGUUGUGUCAACCAAGAAGAGAAAAGCUGAGCAGUUUUUGGAGUCAGAGAUCAGUGAUAAAAGCCAAGGGGGGACAAUAGGGAACGAUUCAAAGGAGAAUUCUAAGACGUCUGAGGUUCAAAAGCCCGAUUACAUUCAUGUCAGGGCACGUCGUGGUCAAGCCACUGAUAGCCACAGCUUAGCAGAAAGGGCUAGAAGGGAGAAAAUCAGUAAGAAGAUGAAAUAUUUACAAGAUUUAGUCCCAGGUUGCGACAAAGUGACUGGGAAAGCUGGAAUGCUAGAUGAAAUUAUCAAUUACGUUCAAUCUCUUCAGAAACAAGUCGAGUUUCUUUCAAUGAAACUUGCAACUCUGAAUCCUAGGCUUGAUUUGAACACAGAUAAUUUUUUCACCAAAGACUUCCCCUCUUACAUAGCCACUACUUUUCCAACAGCAUCAAUGCCAACACUUUCAGAAUAUAACCUGAUCCAACACGAGCAAGGAAGUAGUGGUGAUGUUGCACAGAUGUUACCACAAAGAAGAGAUUUAAUGUCAUUUCCAGAAGCUUUUGCAGUAGUACAGCAGCAACAGCCAAAUUUUGAGACUGAUUUACAGAGCCUUUUCAGUGUUGGCUUUAACUAGCUAAACAAGAUUGAAGUGCAGAAGGGUCUAAUGGCAAUUCAAUUGAUUUUGAUGCUCAUUCCAAUGGCUCAUGUACACAAAAUUCACAUCCUUCAAAUGAAGUCAAAAGUUUUUAAAGUUAGCAGACUACAUUAGAGAGCAACCCCCCAGAAAUCACAUUUAAGAGAAAUCUUACAUCUUACACAUUUAUAAGGCAUCUUGUAAUUUGUUCAUAUGUAUAGCCAAAGCUGCAUCCAGCCUGAUAUGUAAUAGAAGAUUGAAUUUCUACUCUUUUUA